CGCGCCGCGGAAACUCUAUUCGCCCUGACUAACCUUUCGAGACUCAAACCUCCCGCCAGACGAAGAUUCAUGAAAUGCUCGCACGCACCCCAACACCAUGAGUCUCUUCAACCGAGUCAGCAAUCCUCGAGGCCCAAGUACCGGUGCCAACCCCGGCAACAAACCCGUAUGCAACUUCUACCUCGAAGGCCGCUGCAAAUUCGGCGACAACUGCCGCUUCUACCAUCCCCCUCGCGAUUCAAACACAACCCGCCCCGGCCAAUCACUCCCCUAUCAUCUCAGCGUCGAAGGCAUCAAAUCAGACCUCACUCCUGGUGAUGAGCGCCCUUCAUGGCCCCUCUCCGCUUAUGGUCCAGGCAAAGAUGCUCCUCGCCAACUGCUCGAAGGCGCGCUCGAACAGAGUCCGGAGGAGCUACGCGUGCAAUACUACCUGGUCGCCGCUACUGGAGCCGCAGAACAGUACCAACUCACCGAGACCGAAGCGCUGAGUCAGGCGAAUGCACAAGCCCAGCAGAUUCUAAGCGAUCUCAACGGUGCGGUGAAGUACAUUAUUGACGGAAAGGAUAUUCAUCCCAACCGCGAUGAUUCAGUCGUGAAGAAUGUAGGAAACUUUCCUCGAAAGGAAAGGUUAGACAUGGGUCGCGCUGUCGUGUCGGGUGCACCGGGUGGAGGUGGUGGAUUCGGACAGAGCUCCAACUUCGGAGCAGCCAGUACUGGAGCCUUUGGGCAAACGAAUGCCCAGCCCAAUUCGGCAUUUGGACAGCCUGCAGCAUUUGGAUCCAGCGGAGGCAUGGAGAGCCAGCCAGCAACAGGCUCUUCAGCAUUUGGGCAGCCGUCAAACCUGCGCCCGCAGACUGCAGCAUUUGGCGGAGGCUCUGCAUUUGGAGCGCCUUCAUCUCUCGGCCAGAGUGGUUCGGCAUUUGGAGCGCCUUCUGCUCUCGGUUCCAGCACAUCUGCGUUUGGCAAACCUUCACCGCUUGGUGGCUCUGCAUUCGGUCAGCCGAGUGCUAUGGGAGGUAGCUCACCGUUCGGCGGGCAGGCAGCGUCAAACACACAAGGCUCUGCCUUUGGACAAGCAUCAUCACUCGGCAGUGCACAAGGCUCUGCAUUCGGUCAAUCAUCAUCACUUGGCACCGGAGGCUCGACAUUCGGCAAGCCAUCUCCAUUCGGCGCCGCCGCAUCAUCCACUACGACACCUGCAUUCGGCUCGUCAACUCCAUUUGGGGCAGCAGCUCCCACGACCAGCUCUGCAUUUGGACAGCCUUCUGCUCCAGCACAGACGCAAUCACCCUUUGGCCAAACAUCCAACACGCCACAACAGUCACCCUUUGGUCAAGCAUCCAACACCACACCCUUUGGACAAGCAUCUACCCCGACUCCCUUUGGCCAGGCAUCGACACAGCAACAGCAGGGCUCCGUAUUCGGCCAGCCAUCAGCCCCCAACAACACCCAACAAUCAUCCUUCGGCAAACCAUCACCCUUUGGAAGCACAUCCGCACCCAGCCCAUCGCCAUUCGCCCAGCAAUCCCAACCCUCCCAACCCUCCCCCUUCGCCUCCACAACACCAGCAGCCCCAUCCCCCUUCGCCCAAAAGCAACAACAACAACUCGCCCCGACCUCCUUCAAAAACCACCCCAUCACCACCAACCCCACCACCAAAACCUCCUACUACACCCACCCGCACCAUCGCCGCCCGGAACGAAUUUGGCACCCGGAUGGCCCGCCGGGACCGAAUCCCGAUGCCGAAGCGGCGGAUCCAUCCGUCUACGACAGUGGGAAGCUGGGCGAGGUGUUGAAGCAGAUUUAUGAAUAUGUGAGGGGGAAUGGACGGUUUGAAGCGGGGGUGCCGGUGCCGGAGGUGCCGCCUAGACGCGAGUGGGUUGGAUGGGAGGUUUGAUUUUGCAUAUCGCGAGUUGUUUAGCGCGGCGUUUGAGAGCAGAGCAUUGGAC